CUGUUCCAGUGACUCCAUUUCCGUGCCGCAGUUUCAAGCUGCCCUACGGGGAAACUAUGUAAAUACCGUGUUGCCAGGUUCGGUAGAAAUCCUCCUUUUAGCGCGGGGCUCCGUGCAGCGCUGCGGAGAUUCCUGACUUGAUUUGAGGGAUACCAAGAACCGGAUCUGGCUUACGUGACGAACACAAGUAUAAGCUGGAACGGAUUUCAAAACACGGUGGUGCCGAGGAAUAAAAGACCGACGAAGAUGAGAGAAGGACGUUUAAUCACCGAAUUUAUUCCCCUGUGGAUGGGCGACAGUUUCUGAUUUGUUUAUGUCUGGCGGUCUUCGCUGUUCUGGCCGGAAGCCGCAGAGGUGGAUUAACGUAAGAACCACUUCCUCCUUCCAGCUUCAGAGGAUUGACGGCCCGGAAUGAUAUCAUUGGCUGGUCGUUGGGAAUGAAUCAUCGUCUUCAUCAGGGGGGUUAAGGGAUGCUGUCACUCAUUGUGCACCCUUAAAAUCCGUCAGGAAAGCCCACACCCGGUCCCGGCGUCUCUCCGCUCUUUGACAUUAAAAAGCCGUCCGAUCCUUGGAGCCAGCAUGGAGGAAAUCCUGCGGAAGCUGCAGAAAGACGCGUCCGGCCACAAGCACAAAGCGAUCCGCGAUGCCUGCGUCUACGCCUGCGAAACCCUCGAGUCUCAGAAUGGAUCAGCCAAGAUUUCAGCUUCACAGCUUCGAGAGCGCUGUCUGCUGCCGCUGCAGAUGGCUCUGGAGUCCAAAAACACCAAGCUGGGACAGACGGCGCUCACUGGAAUGCAGAAGCUGCUGUGUGAGGACAGGUUUGUGGGCGGGGUCUCCAUGGAGGUGGAGUCGCUGGAGAAGCAGCUGCUCAGCCAGAUGUUGGAGGCCAUCAGAGUGACCCCGUCUCUCCAUGAAGACCUGCAGGUGGAGGUGAUGAAGGUCCUGCUGUGCAUCACCUACUCACCAAACUUUGACAUCAAUGGAGACUCCAUCCUCCGCAUUGCCGAGGUGUGUAUCGAGACCUACAUGUCCAGUUGUCACCAGCGCAGCAUCAACACGGCGGUCAGAGCCACGCUGAGCCAGAUCCUGGGAGACCUGACACUACAGCUGCGACACAGACAGGAGGGAGCAGAUGGAGACGAGGUGACUGCACCGCCGCUCCACAGAAGAGAUAUUUCUCCCACCAGCCAGGCUCUGUGUGAAGACGUGGUGACAGUCCUGACGGUUUUCUGUGAGAAGCUGGAGUCGGUGGACAGUGGUAAUCAGCUCCUGCAGCUCCUCUACCUGGAGUGCAUCCUGUCCAUGCUCAGCAGCUGUCCACCCACAAUGCACCUGUCCAGAGGUUUCACCGACCUCGUGUGGAAGCAGCUGUGUCCAGCCCUGGUGGCGAUCAUGGGAAAUCCUGUAAACGACAAAACCAUCACUUCCCACCACGGCUACAUGGGGGCGCCAGAGCGAGACCGUCUCUCAGACAGACUCAGUCUAGGACUCAGCCACGAGGUGGACUCCUCUGGUGGAGGUGUAUCAGACCAAGGCAGGGGGUCCGGCUGCUCCUCUAGCGCCCCCGCCAGGAUUGCCCCGGUAGUGCGGACUGUGUGCUACAUCGCCGCGGAGCUUGUGCGUCUGGUGAGCUGCGUGGAGUCGAUGAAGCCGGUGCUGCAGUCGCUCUAUCAUCGAAUCCUGCUGUACCCGCCUCCUCAGCACCGCACUGAGGCCAUCCGCAUCAUGAAGGAGAUUCUGGGCAGUCCCCAGCGGCUGUACGACCUGGCCGGUCCGUGUGUGGUGGAGCCUGAAACCAGGAAGCGCUCCUUCUCAAAGAGGAAGUCCCACCUGGACCUGCUGAAACUAGUGAUGGAUGGGAUGACGGAGGCCUGCAUGAAGGGAGGCAUCGAGGCGUGUUACUCCUCGGUGUCCUGCGCCUGCGCGCUCCUCGGGGCCCUGGAUGAGCUGUCGCAGGGCCGCGGCAUCCAACCCGAGCAGGCUCGGCUUCUCCUCAGACGACUGGACGAUCUGAAAGAUGGGACCGAGUCGACGCGUGAGUCCAUGGAGAUCAACGAGGCUGACUUCAGGUGGCAGAGACACGUCCUGUCCUCUGAGCAGGCUCCCUACGACCACAGCUCUUCUUCCUCCAACAUGGCCACCGCCGGGGCCACCGAGCGCAGCCCUGACAUCAGCAUCAGCAUCACCACGGAGACGGGCCAAACCACACUGGAUCUGGAGUUGGGGGAGCUCGGCCUGGGGCACACCACUCCUGAGGAGUGUGGGGAGGACGCUCGCCUUCCCUCGCCCUCUUCCUGUGGUGGCCUGGAGGGGACCAAACGUGAUCCAGGUCUCGAGGCGACCCAGGGGAUCCAGCAGGAGGAGGCAGGAGGUGCAAGGCAGGCGGAGGGAAGAGGAGAGAAACAAAGAGUGGCAGGAGGUGGUGUAGAAGUGGGAGGGGGAGAGAGAGGAGGUGUGGUUCCUCCGGAUGUGGUGCAGCGAAGUCACGCCCUCGUCUACCCCGACAUCACCAACUUCCUGUCUGUGGAGUCCAGGACCAGGUCGCAUUACGGAGGAGGGUCACGAUACAGCGAGAGCAACUUCAGUAUGGAGGAGCAGGACUUGUCCCGGACAGAGCUGGACUCGUAUGACCAGUUCUCCAUGGCUGCUGAGAAGGACUCGGGCCGCUCCGACGUCUCCGACAUCGGCUCGGACAACGUCUCCCUGGCUGACGAGGAGCAGCACACUCCCCGUGACUACCCGGGCCACCGCUCCCUGCGCACCGCCGCCCUGUCCCUCAAGCUGCUCCGCAACCAGGAGGCCGACCAGCAGAGCGCCAGGCUGUUCGUCCAGGCGCUCGCAACACUGCUGCCCCGGCUGCUGGGGUUGGCCACCGCUGCCGACGUGGACCUAUCGCUUCAGAACUUCUCCUCCACCUUCUGCUCCGGACUGCAGGCUGGUGGGAUCCACUCUCCAGGCUUCGAGACAGGUGACACCCUGAGCUGCCAGGCUCUGAUGAACGCUGACGGCCUCUACCUGGUGUCGUACUACGCUCUGCUGCUCAACCUCAAACUUUGCUGCUGCGACUACUACAGACGGCGAGCGCUCGCGCCCGUCCUCAGCCUGAAGGAGUUUGUGCGUCUGAUCCAGAGCAGCGGCGUCCUCGUCGUUCUGUCCCAGGCCUGGAUCGAGGAGCUCUACCACCAGGUGUUGGAGCGCAACCUGCUGGCCGAGGCCGGGUACUGGGGCUCCCCAGAGGACCACACACUGCCACUCAUCACCAUGCUGACAGAUAUCGACGGGCUGGGCAGCAGUGCCAUCGGCGGUCAGCUGAUCAGGAGGGCAUCCAGCCGGUCGCCGUUCAGCUGUGACAAGGCCAGCAGUGACACCAUGACGGCAGGAGCUGCGUUCGCACGCUUCAUCCUCACCGGCGUGUGGAAGAACCUGAUCGACGUGCUGUCCACGCCGCUGACGGGCCGCAUGGCGGGCAGCUCCAAGGGCCUGGCCUUCAUCCUGGGAGCGGAGGGGGUCAAAGAGCAGAGCCAGAGGGAGAGGGACACCAUCUGUCUGAGUCUAGACGGCUUACGCAAAGCUGCCGCGCUCAGCUGCGCCUUGGGUGUGGCUGCCAACUGCGCCUCAGCUUUAGCACAGAUGGCUGCGGCCUCCUGCGUGCAGGAGGAGAAGGAGGAGAAGGAGGUGGGGGAGAUGGGAGACGCCAUCACACAAGUGAAGCAGCGUGUCGAGCAGCGUCUCGAGCAGAUCGGUCGUCCUCAGGGAGUUCGCCUCCACACGGCUCACGUGUUGUGUAUGGACGCCAUCCUGAACGUCGGACUGGAGAUGGGCAGCCACAACCGCGACUGCUGGCCGCAUGUCUUCAGGGUGACGGAGUACAUCAGCUCUCUGGAGCACACACACUUCGGCGACGGCUCCUCGCAGUCGUCCUCUUUGACGCCCAUCACUCAGCAGGGCCAGCAGGCGGCGUCCGUGGACCUGGGGCUGGAGCUGAGCUGCGAGCCCAGCUCGGAGGCCUCGGAGCUGGGCCUGAGCCAGCCGGUCAUCCAGCCUCUGUCCAUCCAGGAGCUGCUGAGGGAGAGCAGCAGAGGAGGCCGCGGCGGCGACCUGAGGAGCGGCAGCCUGCUGAACGGGACCGGCGCCGCCAAGGCCGUGUGUACGCUGUCGACGCAGGCCGACAGGUUGUUUGAAGAAGCAGCCACCAAACUGAACCUGGUCAGUCUGGUCGGCUUCUUGCAGCAGCUCAGGAAAGCUUCUCAGUCUCAGCUGUUCGACUCUGUUACUGAGACUGGAGACUAUUCACUGGCAAUGCCAGGGGAGGCCAAGUCGACGCUGGACCGGCGCAGCGCUCUGCACCUCUUCCGUCUGGGCGAGGCCAUGCUGCGGAUCGUCAGGAACAAGAACCGCCCUCUGCUGCACAUGAUGAUCACCUGGAGUGUGGUGGCCCCGCACCUGGUGGAGGCGGCGUGUCACAAAGAACGCCACGUGUCCCAGAAGGCCGUCUCCUUCAUCCACGAUGUUCUGACGGAGGUGCUGACGAGCUGGGCGGAGCUUCCACACUUCCACUUCAACGAGGCUUUGUUCAGGCCCUUCGAGCACAUCAUGCAGCUGGAGCUCUGUGACGAGGACGUGCAGGAUCAGGUGGUGACAUCCAUCGGCGAGCUGGUGGAGAUGUGCUCUCCUCAGAUCCUGUCAGGGUGGAGGCCUCUGUUCAGCGCUCUGAGGACCGUCCACAGCAGCAAGACCGACACCAAAGACUACCUGCUGGGAGAGUACUCUAUGGGAAAAUCUCAGGCUCCAGUCUUCGAUGUCUUUGAGGCUUUCAUCAACACUGACAACAUCCAGGUUUUUGCCAACGCUGCCACCGACUACAUCAUGUGCCUCAUGAAGUUCGUCAAAGGUUUAGGAGAGGUGGACUAUAAGGAGAUCGGAGACUGCGUCCACGCGUCGGGGUUCAGCUCCACUGACCUCUGCCUGCCUGCGCUUGAUUACCUGCGCAAAUGUUCACAGCUGCUGGCAAAGAUCUACAAGAUGCCGUCCAAGCCCGUGUUCCUGGGGGCGCGGCUCGCCAGCCUGCCCAUGAGAUCGCAGGAACGCUCCAUCAGCACCGAGGACGGGAUGGACUGCGUCCUGCAGGAGUUCGAUGACGACACAGGGCUGAUCCAGGUGUGGAUUUUGUUACUGGAGCAGCUGACGGCAGCGGUGUCAAACUGUCCUCGCCAACACCAACCCCCAACCCUGGAGCUGCUCUUCUCCCUGCUCAGAGAGGUCACCACCACGCCAGGUCCAGGCUUCGCCAUCUUCUCCGUCAUCCAGCUGCUGCUUCCUGUGAUGUCACUAUGGCUGCAGCGUAGCCACGGCGACCACUCCUACUGGGAUGUGGCGGCUGCAAACUUCAAGCACGCCAUCGGCCUGUGCUGCGAGCUGGUGGUGGAGCACGUCAACAGUUUCAUCCACUCAGAUAUUGGUUACGAGUCUCUGAUCAACCUGAUGCUGAAGGACCUGUUCAAGCUGCUGGUGGCCUGUGUGUCUGAACCUGCAGAGACCAUCUCCAGAGUGGGCUGCUCCUGCAUCAGGUACGUGUUGGUCACCGUGGGUCCAGUGUUCACCGAGGAGAUGUGGAGGUUGGCCUGCUGCGCUCUGCAGGACGCCUUCUCUGCAACGCUGGAGCCCGUCAAGAACCUUCUGGCGUGCUUUCACAGCGGCUCGGACAGUUUCUCCGGAGACGCCUGCGAGGUGAAGGUGGCGGCUCCGUCUCACUCUCCUUCAGCUGAGGCCGAGUACUGGAGGAUCAAAGCGAUGGCUCAGCAGGUCUUCAUGCUGGACACCCAGUGCUCUCCAAAGACGCCCAACAACAAGGAGGGCUUUGAGCAUGCUCAGUCCUGCGUUCUCAUCAUCGAGCUGCCGUCUGACCAGCAGUCCAACGGACACGCGCAGAAGAGGAAAGUCGGGAUCCCGUUCCGGACCAUCGUGGUGAGCUUGCUGUCCCACCAGGUCCUGCUCCAAAACCUCUACGACAUCCUGCUGGAGGAGUUCGUGAGGCAGCCGGACGGUCAGGACCGGGUGACGCCUGUGACCUCUGACCCCAGCAGAGCCACAGCCGGCUUUCUGCGCUACAUCUCCAUGACUAACUUAGCCAUGAUCCUGGAUCUGCUGCUGGACUCUUACAGGACAGCACGAGACUUCGACACUCGGCCGGGUCUGAAGUACCUGCUGAUGAAGGUGUCGGGUGUUUGCGGAGCAGCUAAUCUUUACCGUCAGUCCGCCAUGAGCUUCAACCUGUACUUCCAGGCCCUGCUGUGUGCCACGCUGAGCCAGGCCGACUGCAUGACCGCACAGCAGGUGAAGAGGAUCCUGUACGAGGAAGAGGAGGGGAGCUCUGACUCGUCUCACCCCGGUUCUGCGUCCUCAGAGGACGAAGACAUCUUUGAAGAAACGGCACAGGUCAGCCCCCCUCGCGGCCGGGACAAGCGGCAUCACUGGCGAGCCCCCGUCCCGUCUCUCAGCGUGCAGCCGCUGGGCAGCACCGACUGGGCCUGGCUGGUCAAACGCCUCCACAAGCUGUGCAUGGACCUGUGCAACAGCUACAUCCAAAUGCACCGCGACCUGGAGAGCUCGCUGGAGGAGACGGCGCUGCAGAGAGGAGCGGCGGGAGGAGAAGAUCACGUCUUCUUCCUGCCUCUCUUCCAGUCCGAGACCUCCACCCCGACGUCAGCCGGCGGGCUUUCGGCGAGGGGGACGCCGUCCGAGGAAGGCGGGUACAGGUGCCAGACGGCGGACACGAGCACAGCAUCACCCGGAGACACGCCCACGCCCAGCCCGGGAUUCAGCUGCACGGGCAGCCUGCCGCACCACUUCCGCACCGGAGGCGACAGGAGGGACUCCGGCAUCACGGGAACUUCAGUCGGAGGAGGAGCCCCGGGCGGCGCUGGACCAGGCAGGAGGAAGGAGUGGUGGGAAAGUGCCGGGAACAAACUGUACACCAUCGCCACAGACAAAACCAUCAGCAAGCUGAUGAUGGAGUACAAACGCAGGAAACAGCAGCAGCAGCAGCCACAGCAGAGCCACGUCAACCUGUUCAUGAAGGAGCAGGGCCGGGCGGCGGCAGGAGGAGGAGGAGCCAUCGGGGAGAGGAGGGGCCCCGUGGAGUCGCAGAGGCCCCCACAGAGGCCCCAGCAUUUGGUGGAUCAGCAGGGCCCCCCUUUGAGGCACUCAGUGAGUGCAGGACCUGAAAUCCUGAGGCAGGAGAAGAGACCACGAUCAGAAUCCACCAUCAGCUCCCACAGCAUCUCACUGAGGGACUCCGAGGCUCAGAUACAGGCGUGGACCAACAUGGUCUUGACGCUCCUCAAUCAGGUCCUCCUCCUGUCCGAUGCUUCGUUCCUGGCGCUCCAGCCGGCGCUCUACCCCUGCCUGAGCCAGCUGUCCUGCCACGUGACCGACGCCCGCGUCCGCCAGGCGCUGCGUGAGUGGCUGGGCCGCGUCGGCAGACUCUAUGACAUCAUAAUGUGACACGGCGGCGAAGAAGAGCGUGGCCUGUCGGUGGAGGACGCACACAGAUGAGGGAUGAACUUGUCUGGUUUGAUUGGCUGAACAGAGCGAGAAGGAAGCUUGUGUUUUCUGAUGUUAUCGUGUGGCUCUUGUGAAGAAAAGGGAGGACACUGGUGGACAUCAUGUGACAUGCAGCUGGACGGUUUGAUUGGUCAGUGUGGUGAGAAGAAUGAGGGGAUGAUCUGACAGCACACGUACACCCACAUCACACACACUCCCCACAGCGUGACUCAUUUCUGUCUCAACAUGAUUAAUAUUCGUCCACACACACUCUGUCUAACCUUUUAAAUGCACCAGAACGCGUUUAAACGUUCCCUACACUCAUUCAGAGCAGUUGGUUUGCUGCUGAGUUCAGUCACAUGAAGAAGAAGAUCUUUUCACUCAGCGUUUCCCCUGUUGAACACCUUUGUGUUUUCUGGCCUCCACACAUUAAAGAUCUGCACCACUGCCCCCUGCAGUCAGCAGGAAGUGCCAAGCAGAUCAUGCAUCAGAGGCUCGUUCAUUAAAACAUGGCCCCAUAGCGCCACGAGUGGCCAAAACCCCUCCAGGGAACCUGGUUGUGUUGAUGGGGGGUCACAGUGAGACCUGUGGGUGGUCUGCCAGUUCGCCUCCUGAUGAAGUGAGCAGCGACGGAUUUCAGUCGGGGCAAAGACUCGAUUCCUGUCUGAUCUGAGUGCGUUUGAAUGUCCUGUGCAGUUUCAUUCACCUCCAGCUGAAUGUCUUUACUUAUUAUUUUAACCAAACACCACAUGCAGUAUGCGUGUGUGAAUGUUUAAUGCCGGUGAUAUCCUGCACAUAUUUGUGUAAAUGCUGUGUUAUUUCAAAUACUUUACGUGUCAUACUUGGCUUUUUGUUUUUUUCCAAAGUUGGUUGAUUUUGUGCUGCGUUAAAGGGUCUCGCUGCGGGUUUGAUUCCCUCAGGGGCUGCUGAUCCUAAACACGUGUUGAGGCUCAAUCAGUCAGCCUUGAUGAGGUUUGCUGCUGCCAUCAGACGAGUCAGCAGAUCCGCACGACGUCAUCAGCAGCCCCGAUCACGAUUGUUGAUUUCUGGGUUCGUCUUUAGUCUGUGAAGUGUGGGAAACUCUCUGGAUUUCUGUGAGCUGUGAUGUGAACUCUGAGUGUGAGAGGACGACCUCCUGAUCUGAUCUCAGACACAAGCAGGACACAAAGUCCUGCUUGUUCACAUGAAAUUUCUCAGUUUCAGGCAGAUUUCCAUCGUUCCCAGUGUGUUCUCGCUCCAUAACCUUUGUGCAUGUUCAGUCCCAGUUGUCAUAAAGCUCUGGUCGGAAUAUCACGGAUGUCAGUCCACUCUGUCCGUCAGUCCACUCUGUCUGUCUGUCCACUCUGUCCGUCAGUCCACUCUGUCUGUCU